AUGUCAAAAGAUUAUAUUAAAACUAAUUUAGAAUGGAUAUCUUCUUUAAAAGUUAAUAAACCAGCAAAAAAUAAUCGUAAAACUUCUAUCAUUUGCACCAUAGGUCCAAAUACCAAUAAUGUUACAAUGUUAACUGACUUACUGAAGGCUGGUAUGAAUAUUGUUAGAAUGAAUUUUUCGCAUGGUUCUCAUGAGUAUCAUGGAUCAGUAAUGAAAAAUACGCGUGAAGCUUACAAAUUAUUUUCUAGACGACCUAUUUCUCUUGCUCUAGACACAAAAGGGCCAGAAAUCAGAACUGGCAUUAUGAGUAAUAAUGCAGAGUUUCCAAUCAAGGCAGGCCAUGAAAUGAUUUUUAGCACAGACGAAAAAUAUGCAGAAUGCUCCAAUUCAGAUGUGAUGUACAUUGAUUACAAGAAUCUUGCUAAAGUUAUUGAAGUAGAUAAACUUAUUUACGUAGAUGAUGGAGUUUUAUCAUUUAAAGUUCUUGAAGUUCAUGAUGAUCAUGUUAAAGUUCGUGCAGUCAAUAAUGGAAACCUUUCUAGCAAGAAAGGUGUAAAUCUUCCAGACACAAAUGUAGACUUGCCAGCUGUUUCAGAAAAAGAUAAAAGUGAUUUAAUUUUUGGGGUAAAAAAUGAUAUAGAUAUGAUAUUUGCAUCUUUUAUUCGAUGUGCUAAAGAUAUUAUCGAGAUUAGAAAUAUUUUGGGAAAGGAAGGAGCUGAUAUUAAGGUUAUUGCCAAGAUUGAAAGUCAACAAGGUGUUAAUAAUUUUGAUGAGAUUCUUAAAGAAGCAGAUGGAAUCAUGGUUGCUCGUGGUGAUCUUGGCAUAGAAAUACCUCCUUCACAUGUAUUUGUUGCGCAAAAAAUGAUGAUAACAAAAUGUAAUAUUGCUGGAAAGCCUGUUAUUUGUGCUACGCAAAUGCUUGAAUCAAUGACAUAUAAUCCAAGGCCAACGCGUGCAGAGGUUAGUGAUGUUGCUAAUGCUGUACUAGAUGGUGCAGAUUGUGUGAUGUUAUCUGGCGAGACUGCUAAAGGGUCUUAUCCGAUAGAAGCAGUAAAAAUGAUGGCUGAAACAUGUGUUAUGGCUGAAUCAGUGAUAUGUUAUCCACCGCUUUUUAAUGAGCUACGAAACACAGCUAGACUCAUUUCCAAAUAUAGGCCUAGAUGUCCUAUUCUUACAGUGACCAGAAAUGAAAGAACUGCAAGACAAAUUCAUCUUUAUAGAGGUUGUUACCCUUUCAUUUACCACUCUCCGACUACCAUUGAUGGUUAUAAUUGGCAAGAAGAUGUAGAAAAUAGAAUUUUAUGGGGAAUAAAAAAAGCUGUUGAACUUGAUUUAAUAAAAAAAGGUGACUAUGUUAUCGCAAUUCAAGGUUGGAAAGGAG